AUGUAUUAGGGAGCAAAUAGAGAACCACUUUUAAUUUUUGAUGAUUCUGAAUCAUUAAAACUCAAAAGAUAAACAACCAAUAUCAGCUACUCAGAAUAUAAAAAACUUGAUUAAGAGAGCUUGAAAUUACUAUUAGUUGAGGCAAUUUUGAUAAUUUUGUUUGGAACUUCGCUUUUAUUAAGCAAGGAUGAAAUCGAAGAUUGCAAUUUAAGUCCCAGAGGAUUUGUUUACAAUUAUACGGUUUACUACUUAUCAAUUUCAUUAACAAUCGGAAUAAUUUGUAUUAUUGCUUCCAAGAAAAAUUUGGUAAAUCAAGAAGUAGCAUAAUACGUCCAAACUGCAUUGUAACAUCUCACUGUGGGUUGCUUUGUUUGGCCUCAAAUCAUGGUUAAUUAUAUCAAUGAUAGCAACUUUCAUUCUCUGUCUUCCAUUGAUUUGUUUGAUAUGUUGCUUAUGUAGAUAGAAAAUAGCAGAAAAAAUAGCAGAAAUUUAAAUCAAACUAAUUUUCAAAUUUAUAGAAUUAAGCUUUACUAAACUUCGAAAAUGUUAGAUUUGUCAAAUAAAAUUUGA